AUGUUCGGCGCCCUCAAUCGUUUCAUUGCCCGUCUCGACUCGGAGCCUGCACAGCAGCAACAGAGUUAUUUCAGAGACAAUCCCCAUGGCUUCCAGGUCCUUCGAAAUAAAGACCCAGAACUCCCUCUGGAACCUUGGUUCGACUUUGUAAUUGGAAUAAACGGACACAUUAUUGACGAACCAGACCCGAAACUUUUCGCAACUGAGAUUCGCAAUUGCGCAGGAUCUAGCGUCUCUUUCGAGAUUUGGAGUGCAAAGGGCCAACGGACACAUACCGUGUCAAUACCCAUUCCCUCCGAGAACCCAACCCUCGGUGUGACUUUCCAGUUCUCCCCUCUUUCAUCGACACAACAUAUAUGGCACAUUACAGAGAUCCCUUCUACGUUGAGUCCAGCCUAUCAGGCUGGGCUUCUCCCGCAUUCAGACUAUAUACUCGGAACACCCAGCGGGACCCUCCGUGGGGAAUCUGCGCUUGGCGAACUUGUCGAGGAUCACUUGAAUCGAAGCCUUGUGCUAUGGGUAUAUAACAGUGAUUUUGACGUUGUCAGGGAGGUCGAGCUCGUUCCCAUACGAGGAUGGGGCGGAGAAGGUGCGCUGGGCGCAGUGCUGGGGUAUGGUGCCCUUCACAGACUGCCUGUUGGCUUAGUAGAGGCGGUGGAGGGGCCAGGAGAAGUUGUUUUCGAAACACAAGACCACGAGGAACAUCGUGGACGAAAUGAAUCUGCACCAUCCGAUGGCCCUGGGGGUAAUUUCCUUGUACCCGCCAAUAUGGUUUCUCCGCCUCCCUUAGCUUCACCGUUGAGCAAUCCAAACGCACCAAAUUCAGCACCAGUGAGGCAUGGCCGUAAGUCCCGCCAUGCCCAUCAUGGCGGACAUGUAGCAUUUGAUGACUACUUCCGUGAAAGCGAGCAGAGAAGUAAAGAGGAGGACUUUGUAUCAUCGAGGCAUGCUUCGCCAAUACCUCCACCACCAAAAACUAGCGGAGAUCAUAUUUCUCCGGCCCAGGUAACCGCAACGGAUAACACUGAGACGACGGGAUAG